AUGGGACGACUACGGUCACUAGCUGUGAUUUUCAUAUUUCCAUUCCUAUACUGUUAUCAUGAUGAAGAGCCACUUCCCAAGGGAUAUUAUCCAGAACUUUAUACUGCCGAAAUAACCGUGGAUCCAGAUUAUGAUGCUUCUGUAACUGAUAUGCCCCCUGUACGUCACGCAACAGAACUUAGGAAAGGCCGCUUGCUAAAAGGAACAGUGGCUAUGGAUAUCAUCGUUACCGAAGAAAUAUCGAUAUUGCAGUUUCAUUCUGGCAUGAGGGUAGACUUGAAUGAAGUGUUGAUUGAUGGAGAACCCAUAGAGACCGAGAGAGACCAUGUGGGUUCGAGGCUAAUUAUAGACAAAAAAUUGGCAAAGGGACCUCAUCGGAUUGUCGUGGAAUACGAAACGAAGAAAUCCGGUGGGUUGUACCGUAUGCAGAAAGAAAACAACACGAUGAAUUCCGUGUACACAAAAGGCGGAGAAUUCGGAACCCAUCAUUAUGUGCCAUGUUUGAAUGAUCCUGACCGCAAGGCGAAAUGGAAAGUGUCGAUUGAAUAUCCGCCCGGUUAUUUCGCACUAUCCAACGGUAAAGUAUCGAGCUAUUUGACCGGGAGUCGUUUCUUCAAAAAUGGGGCAAAGACCGAAUUCGAAUUGACGCCAAAGAUGUCGCCCCACCUUUUCACAUUUCUCAUCACCAAAUACCCAAAAUUUACGAGGAUCGCAAAGACUGGGCAAGAGCUAAACAUCUAUUCGACGAAUCCCUCAAAAGCCGAAGCAUUGCUCCAGAUGCUAACAGAUAGUUUUGAUUACCUGGCUGCCAUUUUUAAACCGGCUUACCCACUCGCAAAACUAGAUGUUUUUCUUGAGCCGAGUAUUGGGUGGGCAAUGGAGCAUUGGGGAUUGAUUGUCUAUGGCGGCAAUCCGGAUCGAUCAAUAAUGCAACAUCUAGUGGCGCAUCAGUGGUUUGGGAAUUUGGUGUCUCCAUCAGCUUGGAAACAUGCGUGGUUGAGUGAGGGAUUCGCGACAUAUUGGGAGAAACAAGUCGCAAAACAGGCCCCAGCAACGUUUGAACGUGAGCUGAAUAUCGUGAUUGACAAUGACCGUGGACUUGAACCAAUGGUAUUGGAGCCAUUCGUAACUGAGGUUGUACUCAGACGCAAUCCUUGGCUGCGAUACGAGAAAGGGGCAUGCCUUUUGAAAAUGAUUGAGGGAAUGAUAGGACAACAGCCAUUGAUUGAUGCUAUGAAUAAAUACCUCGAAAAGUAUCAAUAUGAAGCCGUCGAAACGAGUCUAUUCUUUGAUGAGCUACUGCCGGCUUUUGAUAAAAUCAAGGAUAAAAUGGAUGGGAUAAGCAUUCAAGAGCUUGGAAAACAAUGGACCACGCAGCCGGGAAUCCCGACCAUCAACGAAUUCCAGGAUUCAUUGGUGAAGCCCUUCUUUCGACGU